CUUUCGCCAGGCUAUCUGCGGCGUACCGCUUUCCCUGACUUACACGCAGCUCUUAGAAGCGGGCUGGGGAGAAGGCGUCGUUGCUGGAGCUGAGACCAGGCGACCAGAUUCCUCAGGGAUGAACCUCGAGUUGCUGGAGUCCUUUGGGCAGAAUUAUCCAGAGGAAGCUGAUGGAACUUUGGAUUGUAUCAGCAUGGCCCUGACCUGCACCUUUAACAGGUGGGGCACACUGCUUGCGGUGGGCUGUAACGAUGGCCGGAUUGUGAUCUGGGAUUUCUUGACAAGAGGCAUUGCCAAAAUAAUUAGUGCACAUAUCCAUCCAGUCUGUUCUUUAUGUUGGAGUCGGGAUGGCCAUAAGCUCGUGAGUGCUUCCACUGACAACAUAGUGUCGCAGUGGGACGUCCUUUCAGGCGACUGUGACCAGAGGUUUCGAUUUCCAUCACCCAUCUUGAAAGUCCAGUAUCACCCACGCGAUCAGAACAAGGUUCUCGUGUGUCCCAUGAAAUCUGCUCCUGUCAUGUUGACCCUUUCAGAUUCCAGACAUGUUGUUCUCCCGGUAGACGACGACUCUGAUUUGAACGUGGUUGCGUCUUUUGAUAGGCGAGGAGAAUAUAUCUAUACAGGAAAUGCGAAAGGCAAGAUUUUGGUCCUAAAAACAGAUUCUCAGGAUCUUGUUGCUUCCUUCAGAGUAACAACUGGAACAAGCAAUACCACGGCCAUUAAGUCAAUAGAGUUUGCCCGUAAGGGAAGUUGCUUUUUAAUUAACACAGCGGAUCGAAUAAUCAGAGUGUAUGACGGCAGAGAAAUCUUAACGUGUGGUAGAGACGGAGAGCCAGAACCUAUGCAAAAAUUGCAAGACUUGGUAAAUAGGACCCCGUGGAAGAAAUGCUGUUUCUCUGGGGACGGGGAGUACAUAGUGGCAGGCUCGGCCCGGCAGCACGCGCUGUACAUCUGGGAGAAGAGCAUCGGCAACCUGGUGAAGAUUCUGCACGGAACCAGGGGGGAGCUCCUUCUGGAUGUGGCUUGGCAUCCUGUCCGGCCCAUCAUAGCGUCCAUUUCUAGUGGAGUGGUGUCCAUCUGGGCACAAAAUCAAGUAGAAAAUUGGAGUGCAUUUGCCCCAGACUUCAAAGAGUUGGAUGAAAAUGUAGAAUACGAGGAAAGAGAAUCAGAAUUUGAUAUUGAAGAUGAAGAUAAGAGUGAGCCAGAGCAGACAGGGGCUGAUGCUGCGGAGGAUGAAGAAGUGGAUGUCACUAGUGUGGACCCGAUCGCUGCCUUCUGCAGCAGUGAUGAAGAGCUGGAAGAUUCAAAGGCUCUGUUGUAUUUACCCAUUGCCCCUGAGGUAGAAGACCCAGAAGAAAAUCCGUACGGCCCCCCGCCGGAUGCAGUUCAAACCUCCCUGAUGGACGAAGGGGCUAGUUCAGAAAAGAAGAGGCAGUCUUCAGCAGAUGGGUCCCAGCCACCCAAGAAGAAGCCCAAAACAACCAAUAUAGAACUGCAAGGAGUGCCCAAUGACGAAGUCCAUCCACUACUGGGUGUGAAGGGGGAUGGCAAAUCCAAGAAGAAGCAAGCAGGCCGGCCUAAAGGAUCAAAAGGUAAAGAGAAAGAUUCUCCAUUUAAACCGAAACUCUACAAAGGGGACAGAGGUUUACCUCUGGAAGGAUCAGCGAAGGGUAAAGUGCAGGCGGAACUCAGCCAGCCCUUGACAGCAGGGGGAGCGAUCUCAGAACUGUUAUGAAGACCUUCGAAGUCUCUUCAUUCUCCCCUGCGUUGCCAUCACGUGGCCUCUGGACACUGUGGUCAGUCAUUUGAGAUUGACUUUAAUUUAAAACAAAGGCCUCUGCCUCCCGCCCAGGAGGUGGAAGGAGUGAAUUUUAUGUUUGAAUGAAGAAGUGAAUUAUGGAAGAAGAGUAUACGGCCCUUCCUUUCAAGCAUAAGUCCAAAUAGGCUCUCAGGAAUGAGGAUUUGUGAAGACAUCAAAUGGGAGUUUUGACUCACUUAAACUUUAAUGCUUAGUUACAUUGCUGGAGAAAAGAUCCCUUUUUUCUCGUCAAACUUGAUUGUAUCCAGCAUCAUUUCAGCCUGUCACUCACUGUCUCCUGUUUGCCUCCCAUCUUCAGUGCAUGCCCUUGAGUGGCUGGUUCUUAUCUGAAAUCUUGCUACCUGUGUCCUAGGAAAACUUCUCUUGCAUAUUCUUCCAACUUACCCUCUGACCUCCUCUUUUUCCAUAUUAUGUACCAAGGUGGGCAGAAAAGAAAGUGCUUGAAAGAUGUCAAAUUUUCAGAAAGGAUAAAAAGAUCUGAAAGGCCCCCUUUUCCUGACACACUGUAUUUUGCACAAGAAGCUGGACUGACGAGGUUCAGGGCGUGUCCGUGUUUCCUUUUGUCACCUACUUCCCUCUAGUAUUGGUUCUUCUCACUAAUCAUGGUUUUUGAAGAUAGCUAGUUUGUCUCCAGCAAAGAAUCAUCAGUAGUUUCUAUUGUUUCACCUGUGCUGACUUCCAGAGAUGGAAACAAACCAAGGUGUCUCUCAACAAGCUUCUUUUUUAUUGGGAUGGGGGAAAUCUAUGCAAGGACUGAAGUAAAACUGUCUAAAAUCAAAGCAGCAACAACACACUUCAAAUCAAAGAUCAAGGAAAAAAAAUUGUAUCGAUGCUCAUGGAUCACAUGAGUCUUCACAUCGCCCUUCUUGUCCCUGUGCUUCUUCCCCUAGCGUUCCAGUCACUUCCUUUCUGUGAAAGGUUGCUUAGCUUUUAAAAAAUUUUUACUUUUUGCUUUUACUGUUCUUUCUAUAAAAAGUAGCCAAUUGGAUGGAUAUGUACAUUAGGCGUUGGAAAUUCUCUGAAAAUCCAGAAUUAAGACACCAGGUGGGAGGAGCACUCGGUCCUCCCUGGGCUAACCAGAAGUGCUUGCGGCCGUCGCUCUCCCCAGAGCACUUCAGGAUCGAGCUGUGGUGAAGCUGCCUCAGCUGGGGUUUGCCACACGUCGCCGGACACACCGGCUACCAUGUGGAUGUUAGGGUGGAAAUCGAAGGUUAUCUCAGUAAGGCCCCUUCUCCCGCUCCAUCUUUGAGAACCAAAAUACUCAGUAGUUGACUCAGUCACAAAAAGUCUGUUAUUCUAGAUGUCACUGCUUUUUCCUCCAGUGUUCAUUUUGUGAAUUUCAUUUCAUACUUUGCAUCAGACCUGUGGUUGAGCUUGGUAGGUGGCCUGCGAGCCUCGUUUUUGUUCGGAACACGUAAUUUUCAUUCCAUUUCUCUACUGUGCACGGCAGCGUGUGCAAGCUGGGCCACAGUCUAUGCCUUACUUCCAUGUGUGAAAUAGCUUGGUGUCCUCUGCACGUUUGGAGGUUGAGUCUGCGCCCAGCUCCUAAACUGCCGGCUGAGGACUCAAAGCUCAGCCAUGUCAGGUUGCUUUUGACAGCAGCUCUUGAUAAUUAUUUAUGCUUUGGACAUUUUUUUUUUUCCAGCGCCCCAAACCUGUCCAUUUCAGUUUGAAUUUCUCAGUUUGUACAAUAUGCAUAUCCUCUUCUCCCUGUGGUCAGCACCCUCCCACCACCACCAUUUUGUUUUUUAAUGUUCUGUAGUUUUGUACAAGAUAAGACUUAGCCUUGGGUACUUCUUGCUGAAGCUUUAAUGCUUUGUAAAUAAAAUCGGAUGUUUAUUAAAAAAGAAGUGUAGGUCUUUGUCUUUGGACACAAUGACUCCUGAAACUCAGCAGCCGUGUUGCUCUGUGUAGAA